CCUGUUUAACCUAAACUCCGCGCACUGCUUCUUACAGUCAGGAGCACCUUCCAUAGCAGCUGCACGUGUCACGUGUCCUGCAGGAGGGAAGCAGAGAGGCGGCAGUUGAGCUGUCACUUUAAAAUGAGAUGCAUCACCGAUUCGCUGAGGAUGGACAAGGACCAGAGUCACAUGACUGAGAGGAUAUUAAAUAUUACACUGGAGAUCAUUUACCUGCUGACUGGGGAGUGUUAUGCAGUAGUGAAGAAGAUAUCUCGUGAGUGUGAGACAUCCAGUAACCAUCCCUGUGUAUCUGGAGAACUGAGCAUGACCCAGAUCCCUAUCAUGGUGCCUCCACUUCACUCACUAAUACAUGAGAGAGAUAAUGACCAGAAGAUCCUUGAACUCACCAAGAAGAUCAUUCAGAUACUGACUGGAGAGGAGGGGGAGUGUAUAGAGCAACAGAAGGACCUGUACAUGGAAGUAAUGAUGGAGACUCACAGGCCCCUCACAUCACUGGAUGGAGCCAGUAACAGAGAUACCCCAGAGAGAUGUCCCCGUCCUCUUUAUUUACAGGAUUGUACAGAGGAGAAUCACAGGACACCACAGGAGUAUGAGGAUGAAGAUCUGACUAAUAUUAAGGUAGAGCGUAUAAGUGGAGAAGAAGAGACGUAUGUGAGCGGUGAUCAGCAGUGUAAGGAGGAGGAAAUCGCUACAGAUAUCAGCACAGAUGGAGGCACAAGCAGGAAUACCUCAGAGAGACAGCUCCGUUUAUCUCCAGAUUUUAAAAUCGAAGAUUACAACAUUACACAAAAUUUCACAGGAGAAAAUCCUAUGACUCUAAAUACACUGCCCGUAAUUCUCAGUGCAGUUGCAUCAUCUGGUCAUUCUCACCAUGAGGAGUGUUCUUCUGGUAAUUCGGGCAAUGUUACACAUAGCACAGGUCAUGCUGGAGAUUCAAUCUUUCAGUGUUCUGAAUGUGGCAAAUGUUUUUUAUAUCAGUACAACUUAGUAAUACAUCAGAGAAGUCAUAAAGGUGAAAAACCAUUUCUGUGUUCUGAGUGUGGGAAAUGUUUUUCAAAGAAAUCAUAUUUUGUUGCACAUCAGAGACUUCAUACAGGUGAAAAAAUAUUUCCAUGUUCUGAGUGUGGGAAAUGUUUUAUACAUAAAUCAAUUCUUGUUAAACAUCAGAGAAGUCACACGGGUGAGAAGCCAUUUUCAUGUUCUGAGUGUGGGAAAUGUUUUACAUAUAAAUCAGUUCUAGUUAAACAUCAGAGAAGUCACACAGGUGAGAAACCAUUUCAAUGCUCAGAGUGUGGAAAAUGUUUUUCCCGGAAAUCAGCUCUUGUUAGACAUCUGAGAAUUCACACAGGUGUGAAGCCAUUUUCAUGUGCUGAGUGUGGGAAAUGUUUUACAUAUAAAUCAGUUCUUGUUGCACAUCAGAUACUCCACACAGGUGAGAAAAUAUUUCCAUGUUCUGAAUGUGAGAAAUGUUUUACCCAGAAACCAUAUCUUGUUAAACAUCAGAGAAUUCAUACAGGUGUGAAGCCGUUUUCAUGUACUGAGUGUGGGAAAUGUUUUACAUAUAAAUCGGUUCUUGUUAAACAUCAGAGACUUCACUCAUGUGUGGAGAUCCUACCCUAUACAGGUCAGGAUCUUUUUGGCAAAGCGUUGGAUGCGUGGAUUUCCACGGCUACAGCGGUGGCCUCCGGCGAGGAACCUGCUACUCAGGUUGAUGUCCCUUACCUAGUGGAAGCUAUUAAGCUUAUUCUACAGAUUGAUGAUGAAAUAGAUCCCACUACUGCGUCUAAGAAACCUGCUAAAUUUAAAUGUCAGAAGGUUGCUGAAGUAGUUUUACCUCACUCUGACCAUUUAAUUGACAUACGUCAGGAGUCCUGGGCUUCACCAGAAAAUAAAUUUUCCCUCUCUAAGCAGAUGUUGGCUCGUCAUCCUAUCCCUGCGGAGUUGAGUAACAAGAGGGGGAAGUAUAUAGAAGGACACAAGGAUCUUUACAAGGACGUAAUGAUGGAGAAUCGCCUGCCCCUCUCAUCACUGGAUGGAUCCAGUAACAGAGAUACCCCAGAGAGAUGUCCCCGUCUUCUUUAUUCCCAAGACGGUACGGAGGAAAUUCACAGGAUCCCACAGGAGGAUCAGGGUGAAGAUCUGACUAAAAUUAAGGUAGAAGAUAUGAAGGAGGAAGAAGAAGAGACGUAUGUGAGGGGAGAUCAGCAGUGUAAAGAGGAGGAAAUCCCUACAGAUAUCAGCACAGACAGUCGCACAAGCAGGAAUACGUCGGAGGUAGAUUUACAUUUGUCUCCAGUUUUUAAAAUGGAAGAUAACAACAUUACACAAGAGUUCACAGGAGAAACUGCUAUGACCUUAAAUACGCAGCCAGUACAUCUCAGUGCAGAUGCAUCACCAGAUCGGUCUCACCGUGAGGAAUGUUCUCCUGGUAAUUUGGGCAAUGUUACACAUGUGUCAGGUCCUAGAGGGGAUUCAGUAUUUCAGUGUUCUGAGUGUGACAGAUGUUUUUUAUAUCAGUGCAAGUUUGCAAAACAUCAGAUGAUGCACACAGGGGUGAAGCCAUUUCAAUGUUCUCAGUGUGGGAAAUCUUUUAGAGACAAAUCGCAACUUGUAGUACAUCAGAGAAUUCACACGGGUGAGAAGCUAUUUUCAUGUUCUGAGUGCGGGAAAUGUUUUACAUAUAAGUCACUUCUGGUUACACAUCAGAGAAGUCACACAGGUGAGAAACCAUUUCUGUGUUCUGAGUGUGGGAAAUGUUUUACAUGUAAGUCAGCUCUGGUUACACAUCAAAGAAGUCACACAGGUGAGAAACCAUUUCUGUGUUCUGAGUGUGGGAAAUGGUUUACACAUAAAUCGUCUCUUGAUGAUCAUCGGAGAACUCACACGGGUGAGAAACCAUUUCCGUGUUCUGAGUGUGGGAAAUGUUUUACACAGAUAUCCGCUCUUGCUGUACAUCAGAGAGCACACACAGGUGAGAAACCAUUUUCAUGUUCUGAGUGCGAGAAAUGUUUUACAUAUAAGUCAGCUCUGGUUGCACAUCAGAGAAGUCACACAGGUGAAAAACCAUUUCUGUGUUCUGAGUGUGGGAAAUGUUUUACACUUAAACCAGUUCUUGUUAGACAUCAGAAACUUCACUCAUGAUAGACACUCAACAGGGAGCAGCUCUACUCAAAAUAUAAUGUUAAUGUAAAUUUUAACAUUGGGAAUGAAUACAUUUAACAAGUGUAUUCUUGAUGUUUUUAGAUAUGUCCUCAUACAUCUUUGCUGCAGUCACGCCAAACCGCACCUCUUGGCACUCUAGGUUGCAUGGGAAUCUUCUAGUGUUGGGUGUCCUUUUUGUUAUUAUUUUGCUGAAAAUGUGUCUUCGUUGCAACACAAUGUGACCAGGGCACACGAGGAGACUGUUCAUUAAUGUGAUAUGCGACACUUGUAUAUCUUUGUGCAACUGAGUAUCUGAAUCUGUACACAGUGCUACAAUGUAGCAGCAGCUUUUUUCCAUUACUGAUUUUGUUCCACUCCAUAUACAGGCUCAGAUUAAUCGACACAGUCUCCUCGUGCACCUAGCUACAUUGCUUUGCCAAAAAGACACAUUUUCUGCAAAAAAGAGGCCUAACUUUUGCAGUGUUGUACAUUACCUGACAUCUCACUCGUGACAGGCAUCAGCUCAGCUCAGCCUCAUCUCUCACUGUCAGAGACUGCCUGUACAGAUGGGCGGGGCUACACAGCGGCCACUCAGACUGCAUAGAAAAGAGAAAUGUGAGGCAUGCCUCACAGUGGGAGCUCUGAUGGACAGCUCAGAUUGGUCACAUGACCAAUCCAGGAAUUCAAACACCGGAGCUGAGCUGCUUGGCAGGGAAGGAGGGAAAUGGGGACCCGCAGUGCCAGCAGCAGCCAUCCGUGCACAGAGACUAGGGUGAGUACCUGCCAGAACCUGGAUUCUGUGUGUGUCAUCUGUAGUGAGUGUGGGGACAGGACUGUGUGUGUGUGUGUGUGUGUGUGUGUGUGUGUAAUGAAUGUGGGGACAUGACUGUGUGUGUGUGUAAUCUGUAGUGAGUGUUGGGGACAGAGACUAUGGUGAGUAGCUGCCAGAACCUGGGUUCUGUGUGUGUGUGUGUGUGUGUGUGUGUCAUCUGUAGUAAGUGCGGGGACAGGACUAUGUGUGUAAUCUGUAGUGAGUGUGGGCACAGGACUGUGUGUGUAAUCAGUAGUAAGUGCGAGGACAGGACUGUGUGUGUGUAAUCUGUAGUGAGUGUGGGGACAGGAGUGUGUGUGUGUGUGUGUGUGUGUGUGUGUGUGUGUGUGUGUGUGUGUGUGUGUUUGUGUGUAAUCUGUAGUGAGUGGGGACAGGACUGUGUGUGUGUGUGUAAUCUGUAGUAAGUGUGGGGACAGGAGUGUGUGUGUGUGUAAUCUGUAGUGAGUGUGGGGACAGGACUGUGUGUGUGUGUGUGUGUGUGUAAUCUGUUGUGAGUGUGGACAGGACUGUGUGUGUAAUCUGUAGUGAGUGUGGGGAAAGGACUGUGUGUGUGUGUGUGUGUGUGUGUGUGUGUGUGUGUGUGUGUGUGGGACAGGACUGUUACUAGCAGAUUUCACAGUUUGGAACCUGGGCAAUGUUCAUUUGCAUUUAUACCCAUUCCUGACUUUACUGGUUACCAUUGCAAAAAAGGUUAUACUCCAGAAAUGGCUAUCUAAACAUACUCCAACCUUAUCGGCAGUGCAUAGCAUGCUCAUUUAAAAUCUUAUUUAUAGAUCUUUACUCUACUUUGGCUGAUUUGGAAAAAGGUAUAGUGAAAUUUUAUUUAAAAAAAUGGAAUCCCUAUAUUGGUACACUGUCACAAGAUACCCAGACUCAGAUCUUUGCUCAAUUUGAAUCCACAGAUUGGUACAGGUUGAGUAUCCCAUAUCCAAAUAUUCCGAAAUACGGAAUAUUCCGAAAUACGGACUUUUUUGUGAGAGUGAGAGAUAGUGAAACCUUUGUUUUCUGAUUGCUCAAUGUACACAAACUUUGUUUAAUACACAAAGUUAUUAACAAUAUUGUAUUAAAUGACCUUCAGGCUGUGUAUAUAAGGUGUAUGUGAAACAUAAAUGAAUUGUGUGACUGUGGACACACUUUGUUUAAUGCACAAAGUUAUAAAAAAAUAUUGGCUAAAAUGACCUUCAGGCUGUGUGUAUAAGGUGUAUAUGUAACAUAAAUGCAUUCUGUGCUUCUAUUUAGGUCCCAUCACCAUGAUAGCUCAUUAUGGUAUGCAAUUAUUCCAAAAUACGGAAAAAUCCCAUAUCCAAAAUACCUCUGGUCCCAAGCAUUUUGGAUAAGGGAUACUCAACCUGUAUUUACAUAAAGUGUUGCAAUACUAUAUCCCUUUGCCCUAUGGAUCUAAUUCCACUGGUCCUAUUAUAUGAUAUUCAGGUUCUCCUUUUAGUAUCUGGAUUUGAUUAAUCUAUUCCCACCUUCCCUAUCCAUUCUCUUCUAGUUUUUCUUUUCUCUUAAAAUUGUUAAUAUUGAAUAUUCUUAUGUUGUAUAUGGAUUUGGAGGAUUCAGCGCAUACAUUACUGGCUUUUCUAACCGUAUCUACAACUUUAAUAUUGGACUUCUCCAUAUGUCAUGUUCUAUGAUACAUUGUACUCGUAUUAUGCCGAUCCAUAUACUGUUAUAUGAAAAUGUUUGUUCUCCUUUUUUACGAAA